GUCACGAACCCAACAAUACGACCCGGCCCAGAACGUUCUCGUUUCAGGCCAUGAAACUCCUUUCUUUCACGCUGCUCUGUAACUCGCUGUUGAAACUUGAAAGGUUACAAAAAUGGCGGCAAAUAAAUAAUGGGAAAACCACACUCAGUACAAGACACUUUCCACAAGCUCAGGCUGUCAUUUUGUCCUAAUCGUCAGCUUAAUUCGAAGUGAUUAUUCUGUUUGUGUAUCGUCCGAGUUAGGGUUUUGAUUUACAGUGCGACCAAAAUCUCUCUCCUUUAUCUUUCUUGGAGUUCGUUCUCGUUUUCUUUUCUGUAAAUGGCUGCCAUGGAGGGUUCGCCGAUGUGUAAUCUGGCGAUUCUGGACUUGUUAAGUGCGAAUUCAGUCGAAGAAAUGGCGGAUAGCUGGGAUGCGUUUUGCCUGGCAACAGAAGCGCUACUCGGAGGCGACGAUGAUUUGUGGUUAGCUCCUGACUUUUUGUCGCAUCUGAAAAAUCUCUGUGUUCAGGGGCUUCAGUCGUUAAUCGUGGAGCACUUUCUUUGCUCCGUGGAGGAAAUAUUUGAGAAAAAUGGGGCAUCAAGUUUUUGGAAGCAUUUUGAUGGAUACAAUGACUUUGCAGUUCUGGAUAUGGAAGACUCGGAUCAACAAGCUGAGUUGCUGAAUACACUGCAUAAGGCCUUGGAAGAGAUAUCAUCUGAAAAACAAUACCAGGAGAAGUGCCUCUCAAUGUUAGUUCAUGCUUUGAAUACUUGCUUAGAUAGUAAGCCAGAGAAACAAGUGUAUCCAGAAGCAGAACGGAACAAUCUAUUCUCAAAGUAUCAAUUGACAAUAUCUUCAGUCCUUAUGGUCAGUCUACCUCGACAUUUUUCAGAUAUACUUCACUGGUACUUUAAGAGACAGUUAGAGGAGUUAAGUGCGAUGACGGCCACAGGCUGCGAGCAAGAUAACAAGUUGCAUAUUGAUGAUGGAAUGGACUUAGAGCAAAUGGAUAUUGAUGAAACUCAUACCCACAGAACCACCAUCCUUGGGAGCAACUUGAUAAGAAACAUAGGAAAGGUCGUCCGUGAUCUUAGGAGUCUUGGGUUUACCUCAAUGGCUGAGGAUGCCUAUGCAUCUGCCAUGUUUCUGUUGUUGAAGGCUAAAGUACAUGAGCUAGCCGGUGAUGAGUUUAGGUUCUCAGUGUUAGAGUCUAUUAAAGAGUGGAUACAGGCUGUGCCGCUUCAAUUCUUACAUGCUCUUCUUGCUUACCUGGGUGAUUCUAAAAGUUGUGAAAGCUCUUCUUCUGGCCUGAAAUCUCCAUUGGCAUCUAGUCCAUCUUUUAGAUGUUAUGGAGCUGACAUUCCUUCUGAGGGACUCGUACGGUGGCAGUUGCGCUUGGAAUAUUUUGCUUAUGAAACAUUACAAGAUCUGAGAAUAGCAAAGCUCUUUGAAAUCAUUGUGGAUUAUCCUGACAGUUCGCCUGCUAUUGAAGAUCUGAAACAAUGCCUUGAAUACACCGGGCAGCAUUCAAAGCUUGUUGAUUCUUUCAUAGCUGCUUUGAAAUACCGCUUAUUGACUGCUGGUGCGUCCACCAAUGAUAUACUGCACCAAUAUGUUUCAACUAUUAAAGCCCUUCGAACAAUAGAUCCAGCUGGUGUGUUCCUUGAAGCUGUUGGUGAGCCAAUCAGGGAAUACUUAAGGGGAAGGAAGGAUACUAUUAAAUGCAUCGUCACUAUGCUCACUGAUGGGGCUGGCGGGAAUCCUAGUGGGCCAGGAGGCAUUGGGGACAGCCUUCUUGAAGAAUUAAAUAGGGAGGAAGAAAAUCAAGAGAAUUCCGGCCUUGAAGAUGAAUUCAACACCGAUGACAAGCAAGCAUGGAUUAAUGCCCAAAGUUGGGAGCCUGAUCCAGUGGAGGCAGAUCCCUUAAAAGGUGGCAGGUAUCGGAGGAAGGUUGACAUUCUCGGUAUGAUUGUUGGCAUAAUUGGUUCAAAGGAUCAGCUGGUGAAUGAAUAUCGUGUUAUGCUGGCUGAAAAGCUUCUGAAUAAAUCUGAUUAUGACAUUGACUCAGAGAUCCGUACCCUGGAACUCCUGAAGAUACAUUUUGGUGAGAGCAGCAUGCAGAAGUGUGAAAUAAUGCUUAAUGAUUUAAUUAAUUCAAAAAGGAUAAAUACAACUAUAAAAGCAAACAUCGAACAACUACCUAAGCAAGGUGCUGAGCAUGAGUUAUCUUUAAGUAAUCUCAAUGCUACCAUUAUAUCAUCAAAUUUCUGGCCACCUAUCCAGGAUGAGGAAGUUAAUUUACCUGAAUCAGUGGACAAGCUUCUAAGUGAUUAUGCUAAGAGGUUUAAUGAAAUCAAGACCCCUCGUAAGCUCCUCUGGAAAAAAAAUCUGGGGACUGUAAAGUUGGAACUGCAAUUUGAAGAUAAAACGGUGCCAUUCACCGUUACACCUCUUCAUGCUGCCAUCAUCAGUCAGUUUGAGGAUCAAACAAGUUGGACCUCCAAGAAUCUUGCUGCUGCUGUUGGAGUGCCUGUGGAUGUCUUGACUAGAAGAAUACAUUUUUGGAUAAACAAGGGAAUCCUAACAGAGUCGGCACAGGACUCUGGAGACCGUAAAUUUACUUUGGUGGAAGCUUUGGCUGAGAGUGGAAAAGCUGGAGCUAACGGUAAUAGCUUUGAAGAGGUUCUCGCGGGUGAUGAAGAUGGAGACAGAUCAGUUGCAUCUGUGGAGGAUCAGCUUCGUAAAGAAAUGACUGUUUAUGAGAAAUUCAUUACAGGGAUGCUUACCAAUUUCGGCAGCAUGGCUUUGGAUCGGAUACACAAUACUCUCAAGAUGUUUUGUAUAAGUGAUCCUACCUAUGACAAAUCACUCCAACAGUUGCAGAGCUUUUUGGCUGGCCUCGUUGCAGAGGAGAAACUUGAACUUAGAGAUGGAACUAUGAACAUGAGAGAGUUAUUAUUAGAAACACCACAAGUUGAAAAAUUGGAAGUAGAAUUAGAAGAAGGAGAAGACAAAGAGAGAAUCCAAAAUCUGAGAUCCAAAGCCACCGAGCAUCUCAUCAGAGAAGAAUACAAAGACUCCAUCGAAACCUACUCGCAAAUUAUCUGUCUCUGCCGAGAUCACAUUUCCAAGAACAAACCAGAUGGGCCCCACCUUUCCGAGCUCCAAAGGACCCUCUGCCUCUCUUUCUCGAACAGGGCCGAAGCUCGGGCCCGACAAUCGGAACUUUCCGAAGCCCUCAAAGAUUGUGAGGAGGCACUGGCCAUCGAGAAAUCACAUUUCAAGACUCUCCUAUGCAAGGGCAGAAUACUGCUGAGCCUAAACAAGUACGGUAUGGCCUUAGACUGCUUUAAAUUGGCAAAUCUUGAUCCGCAGGCUUGUGAAAAUUCCGAUUUGGUUAAUGGGCUCUUGGAGAAAUGCAAAAAGCUCGAGUCUUUAUCAAAAUCUGGCGCAUUCGAUGUUUCUGAUUGGGUCUUGAGUGGGUUUAAGGGAAAAGUACCCGAACUCGCAGAGUACAUUGGUCCGGUGGAGAUUAAAAAGUCCAAAAUUAGCGGGCGAGGAUUAUUCGCUACCAAAAAUGUCGAAAGUGGGACUUUACUGCUGGUGACUAAAGCCGUUGCAGUUGAUCGUGCUAUAAUGCCUCAAGGAUCUGGCGAAACUGCCCAUUUAGUUAUCUGGAAGAACUUGGUCGACAAAGUUGUGGAAAAAUUAAAAAAAUGCGGUGAAGUAAAGUUCUUGAUAUCAAAUCUAUCCUCUGGAGAGGACGAGGGUAGUUUGGGGAUUCCCGAAAUCGGGAUAUUCAGAUCGGAUGCCGAUUUGAACGGUGGCGAUUCGUGCGAAGAGUUAGACACGAGGAAAAUUUUGAGCAUUUUGGAUACAAACUCAAUUCUUGAAGACGCGGUUUCAUCCAAGGUAUUGGGCAAAAACGCCGAAUAUCAAGGUGUUGGGUUAUGGGCUCUGGCUUCCUUCAUUAACCACUCUUGCGAGCCUAACGUUAGGCGCCUCCACAUUGGCGAUUACGUCAUUGUACACGCGGCUAGGGACGUGAAGGCCGGUGAGGAACUCACGUUCGCCUAUUUCAACAUGCUCUCGCCUCUAAACAAACGGGUCGAGAUGGCCGAGGAAUGGGGGUUCGUGUGCAGAUGCAAGAGAUGCGAAUUCGAAGGAAACUUGCGGCGCAAGCAAGAGAUGAGGGAUCUCGAGGGCGUUUUGGGGAGAGGGCAAGGGGAUGUUAUGGGGAAUGUGGUGUGUGGAUUGGAGGAAGGGAUUAGGAGGUGGGUUGUGAGGGGGAAGGGGAAAGGGUACCUUCGGGCCUCGUUUUGGGAGGCGUAUUCGGGCCUUUACGGGUCGGAUAGAGGUGUGAGGAAAUGGGGGAGGAAAGUGCCGUCGGUGGAGAGUGUGGUGGAUAGUGUGGCGGAUUGCGUCGGUUGUGAUGAGAGGAUUGUGAGGGUGUUUGUGGAGGGAUUGAAGAGGAGUGGGAUUAAUGGUGGGAUUGUGGAGAUGGAGAAGGUGAUGAGAUUGGGAAGAGGGGUUUAUGGGAAAGUGAUGAAAAGACAAGCCUUGAGGAGUUUGGUUCAAUUUGGUGGUAAUCANAAUGAUAUUUUUGUUGUUGGGUUGAGGAUGAUUUGUGUUUGUGUUCUUGCUGGGUUUAUGGGUUUUGGAGUUGGAGACAUAAUUGGUCGCAUCGUGAAGUACCAAAACGUGCAAACCAUGAUGUCGAAGAAUGUUGAGAAAAGAUUCAUUGAAGUGCUACUUGAAGACUUGAGGUCGACACUCCAGAUGUUGCUGAGAAACAUUGAUCACUCAAUGGAGUUGUGCUACCGUACACGUUUGGUUAUUACUAAACUCAGCCACCAUGUCCUCGAAUGCAGAAUUUUAACCGGUGUCAAAGCUAGUGACAAGGUUCUUAUUCCUAGGUUCACAAUUAUACCAUCCGAUCUGAAGGUACGAUUCAAGUUUCAGCACAGGCAGUUCUGCCAUGGUUUCAUACGCUAUGAUAAUCAAUAA